AUGACAACGAUAAAGUCUAUUUUGAUAUUAUCGUUUGUUUUUAAAGCUACUCAGUUAACGAUAUUCGAUCGUAAUGAAAAGAUUUUCAAUGGCUUUGAAGCGCCAAGAGGAUUUUACCCAUUUGUAGUCGCCAUUUUUGCAAACAACACAGACAGUUGGGAACACGUGUCUGGAGGAGCGGUGAUUGAACAUGAAUGGAUUCUGACAGCCGUGCAUUGCUUGAGGACUCGGCCCCUCAAGCAAUGCACGGCAAAUGAAUUCCUUGUUGUCGCCGGGACACAUCGAAUCAAACCGAAUUUCGAUUUGACACAGCAAAGCCGCUCGGUUAUCGCAUAUUUCUAUCCUGAUCCUGAUAGAGAAUUUCAUCAUCAAUCAGGAUAUUUGGAGGAUGAUAUCGCUUUAUUACAGCAUAAGAGAGGCAAA